AUGAAACACUUCUCAAGUGAAAUAAAUCAAUUUUUUAAAGAAUUAUCAAUGAAUGGUAAAUAUUUACAAGAUCCUCAAAUAAAAAGUAUUGAUAAUUUAUUACGAACAAUUCAACAAAAUGAUGAUGUUGGACAAAGAUUUUUAUUAAAUACAUGUACAGAUUAUAUUUAUUCUCAUUCAACUGAUAAACAAUAUAAACAAUGUUUAAUUGAUAUUCGUCAAUCACUUCUUCGUCCAUUUACUGAAUGGUUAAUACAACAAUCAUCAUUAUUUCGUUUAUGGAAUAAUCGAAUGAUAAUUAAUUUACGUCAAAUUUGUUUUUUAUUAAUUCAACUUAAUCGAUUUAUUAUUCUUGAUAUAAUGAUAUAUUAG